GAGACUGUAGGAGUCACAUGGAUUUUUGUCGUACAAUGUUCCCAUGACGCGGGAUCAAGAAGAUGGGCUACAAGAGGUACUGUUCCGUACUAAGGUCCCUCUAUACCUAGGUACCUUGAUUCCCUGAAGCACCAACAUCAGCACUGGGAGGCCGAAUACAGGUACUAUAUGUUUCAAGAGGUCUUUUCCAAAAGCAUCACCCCAAAAACAGAUCUCGCUCAUCUUUUCCCCGUUGAGCCCUGCAGCAAACGGACCCAGUCCAGCCCACAAAUGGCAGACUGUCCAGUGACUUCUGCUUCCAUCCCGUUCUUUGUCCUGCAUAUCGGCCUCUUUUCACGCUUGACUGCUGCGCCGGUACCUGCGGGCGUCGAUCUCCAGCCAAUAGUACCGGCAAACCCUCGCUGUCAACCCCACUACAGCGCGUAGUACCUUUUUUCGUGCUCUUUUUUUUUUCUUGCGAACUUUGCUGCAGGAAAAGGGCCGUGACUGCGGUU